AUGCCGUCGGCUCUCUUUGACAUGCCGUGGUGGCAGGCGCUCCUAAACUCCACCCUCACCCACAAUCAAAGCAACAGUAGCUUGUUCCUGCUGGAUGCCCCCUGCUGGCAAUCAGAAGCCGUGACACUCACACUAGUGCUAUGCUACUGUCUGGUGCUGAUUCUGGGGUUGCUUGGUAACUUCCUCUUCAUCUGCAUCAUCACGCACCAGAAGGACCCUCCUAAUGUCACCAGCAUCCUCGUUGCCAACCUUUCCGUUUCAGACAUCCUGGUGUGUGUAUUCUGCCUUCCCUUCACUGUGGUUUACACACUCAUGGACCACUGGAUCUUUGGAGCACUACUCUGUCGCCUAAUGCCCUUUGUUCAGUGUGUAUCGGUGACGGUUUCAAUACUAUCUCUGGUUCUGAUAGCACUUGAAAGGCACCAGCUCAUUUUGCACCCAUCUGGAUGGAAGCCCAGUGUCCCGCAGGCUUAUGUGGCAGUCCUGAUCAUGUGGCUCUUGGCAUGUGUAACAUCAUUACCGUUCCUGGCGUUCCACUUGCUCAGCAGCGAGCCAUACAGCCUGCUUCCUGCACCGCUCAGUCACCUGCAGGCAUGUCUGGAAGUCUGGCCCUCUCAACAGCAUAAACUGGCCUACACCACCAGCCUGCUUCUACUCCAGUACUGCUGCCCACUGCUUCUCAUGCUACUCUGCUACCUCCGCAUCUUCUUGCGUCUGCGACGUAGACAGUGUAUGCUGGAGCGCCAGUGCAGCCGUAACCGAGAAGACGAACAUAAGCGUGUGAUGCACAGUAAGCGUAUAAAUGUCAUGCUUGUCACCUUGGUGGCUGCAUUUGCUGUGUGUUGGUUGCCGUUAAACGCCUUUAAUGUGGUGGCGGACUGGCACCAGGAAGUGUUGCCAGUGUGUCAACAUAACCUGUUGUUUUCAGUCUGUCAUCUGCUGGCCAUGAGCUCCACCUGCGUCAAUCCCAUUAUCUAUGGCUUUCUCAAUAGCAAUUUCCGAAAGGAUGUGGCCUCAGUGGUGCUGCACUGCCAUUGCCAGCCACUUGAGGACAGCUAUGAACACUUUCCGAUGUCCACGAUGAACACUGACGUCUCACGGACAUCUCUUAGAGUUAGUUAUAGAAACAAUUCUGUGUAA